CUGCUGAACUGUGGUGAUGCAUCAUAGAAUAAGUCAUUGCGCACGUUGCGUGUGAGCGGUUUGUACGUUACGGGAAUUGUUCAGAAACGAUAUUAAAAAUUUUAUAUCUCGGAAUAAUUUUUUGACGAGGACAUUUCCAUAAAAUCAGCUUGAACGGAUUGAAAUGUUACAGUUUAGGUCCUCGGUAGUGUUGAAGGAGUUGUUUCGUUCCAGCCUCAAGCGUCCAUUGACAAGUAUUAGCAGAAAUAAGGCGUCAUCACCCGUCUUCUACAGCUUCAGUACCGCCUGUCCCGAUGUCAAUGUGGUAUCAAAAGUGAAGUCCUUCCAUGCAGGAAGACACCGGCCAUGGUUGUGCCUCCCAGCCGGAGUCCGAGCGCUGUGCACGAAGACCGAAGGCGCGGUAGCAGCCGGUGAUGGAGGUAGCGGUGAGCUGGCGAGCGAGAAGAGAAGGAAAGCCGGCAUCCUGCCCAGUCUCGAGGACCUGCUUUUUUACACCAUUGCUGAAGGCCAGGAGAAAAUUCCAGCACACAAAUUUGUCUCGGCACUAAAGGCCACAGGCCUGCGGACGGGGGACCCCAGGCUGAAAGAAUGCAUGGAGAUGCUGAAGGUGACCCUCAAGUCCACCUCCGACGGAGUCAGCCUGGAUCGACACCUCUUCAAGAAGUGCGUGCAGAGCAACAUCGUGCUCCUGACCCAGGCCUUUCGCAAGAAGUUUGUCAUCCCUGACUUCCAGCCCUUCUCCUCUCAUGUCGACAAGCUCUAUGAAAGUGCCAAGCAGCUCUCGGGUGGUCAGGUGGCUGACUACAUCCCCCAACUGGCCAAGUUCAGCCCUGACCUGUGGGCUGUGUCUCUGUGCACAGUGGACGGGCAAAGGCACACGGUGGGCGACACCAAGGUCCCCUUCUGCCUGCAGUCAUGUGUGAAGCCGCUGAAGUAUGCCAUCGCCGUGCACGACCACGGCACGGAAUACGUGCACCGCUUCAUCGGCAAGGAGCCCAGCGGCCUGCGCUUCAACAAGCUCUUCCUGAACGAGGACGAUAAACCCCACAAUCCCAUGGUCAAUGCUGGUGCCAUUGUGUGCACCUCUCUCAUAAAGCAAGGAGCAAGUAAUGCUGAGAAGUUUGACUAUGUCAUGAACUUCCUACAAAAAAUGGCAGGGAAUGAGUAUGUGGGAUUCAGCAACGCCACAUUCCAGUCCGAGCGCGAGUCAGGAGACAGGAAUUUUGCUAUUGGCUACUACCUGAAGGAAAAGAAGUGUUUCCCUGAGGGGACGGACAUGACUUCUAUUCUGGACUUCUACUUCCAACUGUGCUCCAUCGAGGUGACCUGCGAGAGUGCCAGCGUCAUGGCCGCCACACUGGCCAACGGCGGCUUCUGUCCCAUCACAGGGGAGCGCGUGCUCAGCCCCGAGGCCGUGCGCGACACGCUCAGCCUCAUGCACUCCUGUGGCAUGUACGACUUCUCGGGCCAGUUCGCCUUCCAUGUGGGCCUGCCAGCCAAGUCCGGUGUAUCGGGCGGGAUACUGCUGGUGGUGCCCAACGUCAUGGGUGUCAUGUGCUGGUCGCCGCCCCUGGACAAGCUGGGCAACAGUGUGCGGGGCAUCCAGUUCUGCACGGACCUCGUAUCCCUCUUCAAUUUCCACAACUAUGACAACCUACGGCACUUUGCCAAGAAGCUGGAUCCUCGCCGGGAGGGCGGAGACCAGCGGGUGAAGUCAGUCAUCAACCUCCUGUUUGCAGCCUACACUGGGGACGUGUCCGCGCUGAGGAGGUUUGCGCUGUCCUCCAUGGACAUGGAGCAGAGGGACUAUGACUCCAGGACAGCCCUGCAUGUAGCGGCUGCUGAAGGACACUCGGAGGUGGUGCGUUUCCUGCUGGAGGCCUGCAAGGUGAACCCAGAGCCCAAGGACAGAUGGGGCAAUACUCCUAUGGAUGAGGCGGUGCAUUUCGGACACCACGACGUUGUCACUAUCCUCCAAGACUACCAGAACAAAUACAGCCCCCAGGAGGGCACUUCUGACAAGGAGAGCGCCCAGAAGAACUUGGAUGGUAUGCUGUAGAGCCCCGGGAUGGGGUGGGCUGCCACAGCGCCCCCUUUCCUGCAAUAUUAAGACAGUGUGACUGUCUUUGUUUUUUCUUGGGGAUGUCUUCGUUGGGGGUAUUAUUUGAUUGUGGUAGUGCACUUGUUUAUACCCCAAAAUGUUGCUUUAUGCCUCUUAUUCCCCUAACCUCUACUCUUCCAUGGUGUUUUCUUCUCCCAUUGCACUUAGCUCUCUUUACACUGGGAUUUUCAACGUGCUCUUCCUCCUUCUUGGACUAACUGUGUGGGUGUGUGGGCCCUGUUUUCCUUUGUAUGUAUCGAUGUACAAAUAUUUACUGAUGUAUAUGCAUAUAUAAGCAUACCUUGUAUUUGUAAACCACUUUAUUGUUCCUACCAAUAACCAGCCCUGCAGCACUGUUGUGAUUAUCCCAUCAUGCUUAGCACUUUUUUUCUCAUGUUGAUCAGUUUUAAAUAAGCUGGUCGUGAGUCCAGGUCUGACAAACGCACAUUAGGUUUAUCCUCAUUGAUUUUUACUUGUUUUUGUAGAUUUCUGUUGAGUGCACAAGCCGUUAAUCCCUUAGCAAAUUUUAUUUAGUAACUUACUUUUAAUAUUUGUCCCUCUUCUCCCUGGUCAUCUUGCCUUCAAAAUUGCUCAGUUGCAGUCUUUAGUCCUUGCAAGAUUCGCUCAGUUCUGAAACGCCUGGUGAAGUAUUUCCUCUGCCGUUCUGACGGAGGAGUCAGCAGUGUGGCACACCAGCCCAAACGGCAGUUUUGUGUUUGGGCGCCCAACAAUGGCCAGUCGGCAUGCACACGUGCAGUCCUGAGAGAACAGCGAGCAAAUCGACUCCUACACAUAACCAAGCAGCUGGGAGCUGACAGCCACCAGAAGAUAUUCCCGAUGAUCUCAAACUAAGAUGAUAAGAUUACAAAAGCGCCCUCCAAAGGUGGUUAAUCAUACUGCACCAGAAGAAAUGCCCUCAGUAAAACUAUCUCACUGUUUAGUACUAAUUGAUACAUGUAUAUUUGUACAGUUGUCUUUGAGUGAGUGAGUGAGUGAGAAGGAAUUUGUUGAAUUUAAAUGCCCAUGAGCAAACAAGGAACGUCGCCUCUCUACCUCCAGGCAGUAGGCAUUUAGUGGAGAUUGUCCACUCGUGGUGUCACCAAUGCUCAGGACAAGCUUUCGGGGAUUGUUCUGCACUGCAGUUACAUCAUCCACAUGGCACACAAGCUGACAUGGUUUUUCCCGUGGAGUCAUCGCCGCUUCCCAGUACUGCAGUGUACUCUACACUUUAGCCAGGCCUGUACUGCAUAUAGGCUUUGUAUUUCCUUGUAGCACCCGUGGUCCUCAUGUUAACCUUCUAUGGCAUUUUGUUCGGAUCAGUCAAAAUCCAGAACUUUCUCAAAGUUAUAUUGAUGUUCUCAGCUUCUUUGUUUUUAUCUAGCCUGUAUUUUCCAGUUCACACUGGCAUAUCUGUGCCACGGUGUGUUGUAAUGGACAAGUAUGGCAAUAUGUUUAUUUCAGUGUGUCUCAAAUAAAACAAAAAAUUGCAUUAAACUAAA